ACAGGUGCUAUUCUUACUCAUAGCACUCUGCAAUUGCUGUCCCUCAUCACCUCUCUCUUUUCCUCUGCUUCUCUCUCUUUCUCUCUCUCUUAAAACAACAUAUUCUUCUCUUCAACUAACCAAGGUUUCGAUUACUUUCACAAAGAUUCAUGAGUUUGAGUAGCUUGAAAGCGAGAGGGACAUUGGCUGGAUCAACCUGUUGACAUCCAGCAGGAUGAGCGCGUGAGUUUCUGAAAUAAGAUUUGUUGGGGAGAAAUUUUGGUAAAUUUUGUUUUUCUCACAAGAACGAGCAGUACAUUUGUCUGGCAGUAUUAAGCUCAUCGAUGUCGAACAGUUUGUAUUAUCAGCCUAAGAGAGAAGUUGAUACACAUUUCAUGCUUCAGUGUCAGCCUUUGAAUCCUCAACUUUAUUCUAACCUCAACACUGAAAGUUAUGCAACCUCAAAAACUUCCCCAGGUCAGUACAACACUUUGGAAUCAUCCUCUGGAAUCGGCAGCUAUAUGAUGCUUAGCUCCGCGUCUACUCUUACCUUUGCAUCCAGUGGAAGCCCUGGAUCACUACUCGAUUCCAGUUCAUACCCGCCAGAUCAACACUGCUCUCCUGAUUACGCCAAUAACUCACCUGUGACUCCUGUGAGUAACUCAUGUGUUACAGAUGAUUGCAGUGACUUGAAGUGGAAGCUGAGGGAGUUGGAAAACGUGAUGCUGGGACCUGAUACUACUGAUAUUACAGAUGGUUAUAGCAACAUGAUCAAGAGCGGGUCCCAUGUAACCCCACUGGAGAUGGACAGCUGGGGUAAAGUGAUUGAGAUGCUCGCUUGCAAAGAUGUGAAACAGGUUCUUGUUGCCUGUGCAAGAGCAGUUGUCGAGAAUGAUCAGUUGGUCGCCCAAUGGCUGAUGGAUGAGCUGAGACAGAUGGUAUCAGUCUCUGGUAGUCCAAUUCAAAGAUUAGGAGCAUACAUGUUGGAAGGGCUGGUGGCGAGGCAGGCCUCCUCAGGUAGCUCCAUUUACAAAGCAUUGAAGAGCAAAGAGCCUGCGAGUGCAGAUCUUUUAUCUUACUUGCAUAUACUUUUUGAGGUCUGUCCAUACAUCAAGUUUGGCUACAUGUCCGCAAAUGGUGCCAUUGCUGAAGCUAUGAAAAAUGAAAGGAGAGUCCAUAUCAUCGAUUUCCAAAUAGGUCAAGGGACCCAGUGGGUGACUCUUCUGCAAGCAUUUGCAGCCCGGCCUGGUGGAGCCCCCCAUAUCCGGGUAACUGGAAUUGAUGACUCAUAUUCAGCAUAUGCUCGUGGAGGGGGGUUGAAUAUAGUUGGCCAGAGGCUUUCAAGGUUAGCUCAGGCAUUCAAGGUUCCGUUUGAGUUCCAUGCUGUUGAUAUCUCAGGUUGUCGGGUUCAGUUGAAAGAUCUUGGAAUUCAGCGUGGUGAGGCUUUGGCAGUGAAUUUUGCUUUCAUGCUGCAUCAUAUGCCUGACGAAAGUGUAAGCACUGAGAAUCACAGGGAUCGGUUACUUAGGCUGGUUAAAGGCUUGAACCCAAAAGUGGUGACACUUGUGGAGCAAGAAUGUAACACAAAUACAGCUGCUUUCUUGCCACGUUUUCUUGAGACAUUGGACUAUUAUAUGGCAAUGUUCGAGUCCAUGGAUGUGACUCUGCCAAGGGUUCAUAAAGAUCGAAUUAAUGUUGAGCAACACUGUUUAGCUAGGGAUGUGGUUAAUUUGAUAGCUUGUGAGGGAGCCGAGAGGGUGGAGCGCCAUGAACUACUUGGAAAGUGGAGAUCGCGCUUCACAAUGGCAGGGUUUAAGCCUUACCCUUUGAGCGUUUUGGUAAAUAGCACAAUAAAGACACUGCUGAGGAAUUAUUGUGAUAGAUAUAGAUUAGAAGAAAGGGAUGGAGCUCUUUAUCUUGGGUGGAUGAAUAGGGAUUUGGUUGCUUCUUGUGCAUGGCAAUGUAGUUAGUUGCCUAUUGAUUUCUUUGCAUAGUAUCCGAAGCCGAGAAAUCACGUCGUAACUUGUACUCUUAUGCAUUUUCUUAAUUAGUUUCUACUGCUUAUUGAAGUUGCAGGUUUGCAACAGCAGCCCUUAAGCUCCCCUUUGUUUCGAGGAGGCAACUCCCCUUUAUGUUAUUUUGCUUGAAUGAAAGAGCAAGGAAAAAAAAAUCUUUUCCAUCUCAA